AUGUGGUCCAACAACAGUGCUGUCCCCUUCUUGCUCACUGGCUUCAUGGGCUCAGAGAUAGUUCACCACUGGAUUGCUAUUCCCUUCUUUGCCAUCUACCUCUCCAUCAUUUUUGGAAAUGGCACUCUUCUUGUCCUCAUUUGGAAUGACCACAGCCUUCAUGAGCCCAUGUACUACUUCCUGGCCAUGCUGGCAGGUACAGAUCUUGGGUUAACAAUAACUACAAUGCCCACAGUCCUGAGUGUCCUGUUGCUGGACCACAGGGAGAUGGCCCAAGGUGCCUGUUUCACUCAAUCCUAUUUCAUUAACACACUGGCCACUGUAGAAUCAGGUAUCUUGUUUGCCAUGGCCUAUGACCAUUUAAUUGCCAUCCACACACCACUGAGGUACAACUCCAUUCUCACUAAUUCCCGAGUAAUGAAGAUAAGACUGGGGAUACUGAUGAGAGGCUUUUUAUCUAUUGCACCUCCAAUUUUGCUACUUCAUUGGUUCCCAUAUUGCCAUUCCCAUGUUCUUUCUCACGCUUUUUGUCUCCAUCAAGAUGUCAUGAAACUCGCCUGUGCUGAUAUUACAUUCAAUCGCUUAUGCCCAGUCAUUCAAGUUGUCUUGACCUACUUCCUGGAUGCUCUGAUCAAUUUAAUUUCUUAUAUCUUAAUCUUUAAAACAGUUCUGGGCAUCGCCUCUGGAGAGGAGCAAGUUAAAGCUCUCAACACUUGUGUCUCCCAUAUAAGCUGUGUCCUGGUAUUUUACAUCACUGUGAUUGGCCUGACUUUUGUCCACAGGUUUGGGACACAUGUACCACAUGUGGUUCACAUUACCAUGAGCUACAUUCACAUUCUCUUUCCUCCAUUCAUGAACCCCAUUAUAUACAGCAUCAAGACCAAGCAGAUUCAAAGAAGCAUCGUUCGUCUAUUUUCUGGGCAAGGCAGGGGUGAAGCCAUUAUUUUAGAAUCGUGA